ACAGAGGCGCAGCCGGACUCAGCGCAGUGCGCAUGCGCAGUUCGCCAUAUUGCGCGGCAGGGCGUGAGGUGGUGCGUCGAGACCGUUGCGGCUACACUGUUUAUUUUUGUUGAUCGCAGUGACUGCUUUUGCCCCCCUCUUAAUAAUAUAUUGUGCCAAAUCAAGUCUAACAGAGUCCUCGCUCAAAUGAAGAGCUCUUGACGUGUAAAUCGUUGUAGAUAUCAGCGGAACGCGUAAGUGUGAGUUACGCGCGGUUAGCCGCUAACAAGAUUCACACCAAAACUGAACAGAUAUACACAUAUUCAUUUAGCGGAGACACAACAGGUACUGUUUGGAUGGACCCUUCACCGGCAGCAGUUUAUUGCUGAAACGAGUUUGAAGCGGCACACGGGAGCCUCUCUGAGGCCCAUAACCAGCGCAGGAUGUCCAUCACAAACACCCCCACCAGUAACGACGCCUGUCUGAGCAUCGUGCACAGUCUGAUGUGUCACAGACAGGGCGGCGAGAGCGAGACGUUCGCCAAGCGGGCCAUCGAGAGUCUGGUGAAGAAACUGAAGGAGAAGAAAGAUGAGCUGGAUUCGCUCAUCACCGCCAUCACCACCAACGGCGCUCAUCCCAGCAAGUGUGUGACCAUACAGAGAACACUAGACGGCCGUCUGCAGGUGGCUGGUCGUAAAGGAUUCCCACAUGUCAUCUACGCACGGUUAUGGCGAUGGCCGGACCUUCAUAAGAACGAGUUGAAACACGUCAAGUAAUGGUAGUGCCAGUUUGCCUUUGACCUGAAGUGUGACAGCGUGUGUGUGAACCCUUACCAUUACGAGAGAGUCGUGUCUCCAGGAAUAGAUUUAUCUGGACUCACACUGUCAGGCUCUGGUCCGUCGGGUCUGAUGGUGAAGGAUGAGUAUGAUUAUGAAGGGCAACAGGCUCUGUCCAGCACUGAGGGACACAUGCAGACGAUUCAACACCCUCCCUCUCGAGCGGUGGCCCCGGAGCCCUUCAACACGCCCACCAUGCUCCCGCCAGCAGAGGGCAGCAGCUCGGCCUCCACCUCCGCCUUCUCCAGCAUCGCAGUGGGAUCCACAACUCAGCCCAAUAGCGUUCUCUCAGGAAGCCACAGCAGCGAUGGUCUGCUGCAGAUUGCCUCUGGGGACGGGGCAGGGCUCACAGCAAAUGGCUUCCCCGGCCAGCCCUCCACGUACCAUCACAACGCCAGCUCCAGCUGGACGAGGAACAGUAACUUCCCCCCCACUGUGCCUCACCGUGAGAACGGCCAUCUGCAGCAUCAUCCGCCCAUGGCCCACCCAGCACACUUCUGGCCCGUUCACAAUGAAAUCGCGUUCCAGCCUCCGAUAUCCAACCACCCUGCUCCAGAGUACUGGUGCUCCAUCGCUUACUUCGAGAUGGACGUUCAAGUGGGCGAGACCUUCAAUCCCUCGUCCUGUCCCAUCGUGACCGUGGACGGGUAUGUGGACCCCUCCGGAGGAGAUCGCUUCUGCCUCGGCCAGCUCAGCAACGUCCACAGAACGGAGGCCAUCGAGAGAGCGAGACUGCACAUCGGGAAGGGCGUCCAGCUGGAGUGUAAAGGUGAAGGCGAUGUUUGGGUUCGCUGUCUGAGCGAUCACGCCGUCUUCGUCCAGAGCUACUACUUGGACCGUGAAGCCGGCCGCGCUCCUGGAGACGCUGUGCACAAGAUCUACCCCAGCGCAUACAUCAAGGUGUUUGAUCUGCGUCAGUGUCACAGACAGAUGCAGCAGCAGGCGGCGACGGCACAAGCAGCGGCGGCCGCUCAAGCAGCAGCGGUGGCCGGGAACAUCCCGGGCCCCGGAUCCGUGGGAGGAAUCGCUCCUGCUAUCAGUUUGUCUGCGGCGGCUGGGAUCGGUGUGGAUGACCUCCGCCGGCUCUGCAUCCUGCGCAUGAGCUUCGUCAAGGGCUGGGGUCUUUACCCCCGACAGAGCAUCAAAGAGACGCCCUGCUGGAUCGAGAUCCACCUGCACCGCGCGCUGCAGCUGCUGGACGAGGUUCUGCACACCAUGCCCAUCGCUGACCCCACGCCGCUGGACUGAGACCAGCACCAUUCACAGCUACACCGCUGCAUCUACUAAAUUUGAUCAUGUUGUUUUUGCCUGUGUUGCUUUUGUUCUGGAAGCAUUCAGACCUUGAAGGGCACAGGACCUAGUGUUCUAUAUCUAUAUGCAGAAGAUGAUGCGCGGUUGCCAGCUCUGCAGAGGUGCAUGCUGGGAUUCGGUCGAGUCUUCAAGAGCUGUUUAAAUGAAUAUGUUCCCAGACACUUGCUUCAUGCUGUUGCUUCACUAGCCAGUAGAGUCUCCCAUUAUGAUGUCAUUCAUUUCAGUCAGACUGGUCUUAUUAUUAUUAUUUUUUUACUUUGUUUUGAUCAUCAUCUCUUAAAGCAAGCCAGAGUCUCUCAGGCCAAACGUUUGUGUUCUGGAAGCACGAUGGAAGUCAUGUAGCAUCUCCUUUCUCUUGAGUUGCAGUGUUUGGGUUAAAGUGGUUUGGAUUCGCAAAAGUGUUGCAUGUACAGAAGACAUGCGUUGUCUUUCAAGCUUCUCACUAGCAGCUAAUUGGCUUGACUUUUGUUUUUUUUGUAAGUUUCUCACUGCAUACUUCUGACAUAAUCAUAGCAAGACGUAUUAACGGUUAGCCUAGACUCACACACGCACAAGCAAUAACAACCAGCUUUUUCUUUUCUUUCAGCCAUGUACUUGUUCUAGCACUUUAUGCAUGUUUGUUUUUCUUUCCAUCUUUCGAUUUCUCUUCUUUGCAGCCUGUGAAUAAAAAUGUUCCGCAGCUCUUUUACAGAAAAACAAAGGAUGUUUGGUUUAACGGAAGGGUUUGCCCAAAAAUGAAAACUAGCUGAAAAUGUACACACCCUCAGAUCAGGAUGAGUUUGUCUCUUCAUCAGGUUUGUAGAAAUGUAGCACUGCAUCAGUGUCUC